AUGAAGACAGCAGAAGAUAAGGAAAAAAUGCAAGCCAUGUUUGAGGGUUGGUAUGGGAAACCAGAUCACAGUGAGCUAAUAAGAGAGGAGAUGGAUGCUGCUGAAAAAGAGGAAAAGGCUGAUGAAAUAAAGCCAAAGAAGAAAUGGAAAAAAAAAGAAGCUACCCUGCUGGCAAAGGUUUACAACUUAGAAGGUACAAAGCCUGAAGCCAAUGACCCAUACUCUGAGGAAAACAAAGCUCCUUUCUACCGACAGCCAGCAGGAAUACGGCGCGUGAAGAAAAAGCAGGAGAAGGAAGAUGCAGCUGUGUUUGACUUAAAUGGAGCAAUCAAUGCUACAGCAGACAUCACAAUCAAGUCCUACUCCCCGCCACCUCUGCCAACCAUUCGCGACUUUGUCAAUCCACAGGUUGGAGACAAACUCUUCGACACAAAUAACAUGUUUGAGCAGGAAUGGCUGACUGGUGCUCAACAAAUCCAUGAGCUGAAAGGUGACAAUACCAGUAUUUACAUGAGCACAAAGAAUCAGUACCGUAAACAGCUACAGAACCAGUACCCUAAGCCACCCGAGGACUGGUACCCUGAAACUGACCACGAAAAAUACAGCAUUCACAAGCCAAGUAUUAAAAAGGUGGAAAAAGGUCUACAAAGAUGGGACAAACUCCCAGUGGCAACAGAUGAUCUUGAUGGCCGUAUAGUGCCCCCUGGAUAUGAUCCAGAGUACCACAGGUCACCUGACCCGACAACUCGCAGAAUCACCAGGAAUAACCAGGCUCUCACACAAGUCAUUGAUGAAUGGAGAGCUAAGUGGCACCUGAGUGGUCAGUUGGCAGACAGCACCACAGAUGACCUCAUCAAAGACAUGGCUGACAUCCAGACACAUGUCCGACUAAAGGCCAUAGCAACUAUCGCUAAGGCAGCAGAGAUGCAACGAGCCAAUGCCAAUAGGGAUGACUUUGAAUAUGUACCUCAGGAAAACCAGUUUAACUUUCCAUUAGGAGAUGGAGAGAUUCCAGAACGCCUGUUUGUGGCAUUAGAAUGUCUGUUAGAGGACGCUGAGCAGCAUGUCCAGAUUGCUGCAGCCAUCACAUUGUACUCUCUUAACAGGCCGUCUGAUCAGGCUAAGGAAAUUUUACACUUUGCCCUGGAGAGUGAGAAUGUAGUUGAUCGCUGGGCAGCUGCACAGUGUCUGGCUCACUUUGGUGUUUGUAACUCCCUGGUGGUAGGGGAGGUAAUCCAUCAACUCCUCACAACAGAAGACACCAUCAAACAUGAAAAAGCCAUUUUCCUGCUUGGAAAGCUCAGCUUGUUUUCUCCCUUGGUCCAUGGAAUGGUGGCAGAACAGCUGAACAGCAGUAGCUGGAGACACAAAGUGAUUGCCUGUAAGAUCCUUCCCACACUGAGUGGUACCAUCAACAAGGAUAUCACAAACAAGUUGGCAGACCUGAUGUGGAAUGACUGGCAUGAAGAUGUACGUAAAUCAGCAGCGCAAUGUUUGGGUAAAACCAGCCAUGGUAAAGAAGUUCAUGAUGAUCUGUGUGAUCGUCUCCUCACUGGCGACGAGAUGACUCGUCUGGAGGCCAUCAAUAAGAUUGGACAGCUGGGUAUAAUGACAGCCAAACUAUUACCCGUCUUCUUAAAGAGCUUUGAGGAUGAAUAUGUAUCUAUACGUUCUGAAGUGUGCAUCACAUGUGGUAAUUUGGAGAUCAAAGAUGAGUUAGUAUUGGAAAAACUUCUCAAGCUUUCCACGUUUGAAACCAUUUGGAAGGUCAAAGCUUUAGCUAUUCAAGCUCUGGGUAAGAUUGGUGUGGUAACAGAUGAAAUCACAGAGACAUUACUAUGGGCUGUGAGGUAUGAGGAGAACUCAGCAGUGAGAGCUGAAGCUUGCCACACUCUGAUGUGUCUGGAACUCCAAACCCCUGAGGUUGCAGAGGUUCUACAGGAACGAUUUCUGGUGGAGUCUAGUGAUGUUGUUCGGGAUGAGAUUGCCAAGACCCUGGAGAUGUUUGGAAUCAAUGCUACAGAAGAUAUGGACAUGGUGGCUCAGAUCAAGAAUGAAGUUCGAAAACUGUGUACACGCAAUAAUAUUGCUGCACAGAUCACCAUAAAAGAAAAAGACGACACCAAACGUGAAAACUUGGCUCGUAUGAUUUAUGAGUCGGAGAAGGAACUAGAGAUCUUCUUUCGUAGAAAUAACCCAUAUACAGUGUUGAGUCUGAAAACUGAUGAGAAGAAAUCACUCCUCCAUGACCCUUUUCACACUCACAGUUUCUCGUAUUCCAGAUUGUGUAGUGUGACUAAGUUUGAACAUGAAGAGGAGAAGGAACCAAUGAUGCAGAGAAUUCGUUCAUCCAUGAGCCAACCUAGCAGUCGUUCAACCACACCUCAUCCUCGUAUACUCACUCCAACAGCAGAUGAAGAACUCAAGCAGAUACUGUCACGUGAUGAUACGAGCACCUCCCCUGACACAGUAUCAGAAAUGGAGUCCACACCAGGACUCAAGUCGCGACCAUCCACAGUGGAUGAUGAGUCUGAUGGAGAAUCCUCCCGGCCACGAUCGAGCAGGAUGGAUAGAAUAUCAGAGGAGGCUGAUGGCAGUCUCAGUCAAAGCUUAGGGGAGGGAAGCGAGGUCAUAGGUGAGGAAUUAGAGAAGGAAAAGAAUGUGGAAGAAAAAGAUGGACGACCACCAAGUAUUGUCAAGUUUGCAUCUAAUUUGGAAAUUAAUGAUAUUCCAUCCAACAAAGAAAAACUGAGCAUGUCUCCCACCAAAUCUGGUCCAGGUGAUGGAGUAUCAAGGCUAAGUAGCCUAGCACCAGGCUCAGAGAUACGCGCAUUCAGUCGUGACGCCAUCAAGGAACGCGACGCCAUAGACAGGGAGGCUCGUAAUGGUUAUGCUGGACUUGAUGAACGGUAUCAUGAAAUGAUUGAUGAUUUAGAUAUUGUGGAUAACACAUAUGAAAUCCUUGUUACUGGUAGAAGACCUCAGGAAAGAGUACAGAUAAUCACCUUCAUUACCGAGCCUGAGGAGGAACAAUUACUUCCUGAUGAAGUGUCCACUGUCCCUGCAGAAAAAGAGGAGGUUGUUGAUGAUAAACAGCCAGAAUCUGAACCCAAACCACUAGAGUCGGAUCAAGAGCCAAAGCCUGAAGCUCAGUCUGGUUCAACAUUGGUGUUUAAGAAAUAGUGCUGAUAUUUGAUAUACUUUAUAUAGUCUAGACUGCAUUGUCAUGACAAUGUAACAUUACAGGGAGGUUAUAGGAUAGCUGUUUGGUGGAAUGAUCCCUCAGUGACAGGUUAUAACAUACACAUUUGUGAUAAUAUCAGGAAUCAGUGUUUAUGUUGAUACCAAAAAAGAAAUAAGCUAUGGAUUUUCCUGUUAUA